AUGCGUUUCUCCGCUGCUGCUGUUGCUCUCUUCGCCGGUCUCACCGUUGCUCUCCCCGGUGGUGACAUCGAGACCAUCUACCAGACCGAGGAGGUCACCAUCACCUCCUGCGCUCCCACCGUCACCGACUGCCCCGGACGCACCACCACCACUCCCGUCCCUGUCGAGACCACCGUUGUCCCUACCGGCACUGAGACCGCCUCUGUCCCCACUGAGACUGCUUCCGAGUCUGAGACUCCUGCUGUCCCCACUGGCACCUCCCCCGUCGAGGCCUCCAGCAGCGUUGUUCCCCCUGCUCAGACCCCCAGCGUCCCUGAGCAGCCUGCUCCUGAGCAGCCCGAGCAGCCCCAGCAGCCCUCUACCUCCGUCAUCGCUGUGACCACCUGCAUUCCCACCGUCACCUACUCUACUGUCACCGUCACCCCCACCGGUGCUGCUACCACCUCCAAGCCCGUCAUCCCCGCUGUCCCCACUGGCACCUCCCCCGUUGAGGCCAGCGGCAGCUCUACUCCCUCUCCUUCUCCCCCCACCUUCACUGGUGCCGCUAACGCUGUCACCAACUCCUUCGGCUUCGCUGGUGCCGCCGCCGUCGCUGCUUUCUUCCUGGCUUAG